UAAAAUCAGAGCACGUUCGCGAGUCACGUGAGAGUACGUUUGUUCCGACAUGGCUGCAUCCAGGAAACGAAAACUGUGUUUACCUCCGCUUUUAUGUUUCUUAUUCUAUCGUAUUUGUUCCACCCUGGACGCAGUUUCGGCAGGAGAGGUUGAAAACUGCAGCGAGCUUCGACUGGGACAAUAUAAAUGUGACCCUCCUAAAAUAAAUCAUACAACACAAGAACCUGAAGAUUGCAGCAGUUUUGCAGCACGUGUUCCUUGUUUUCCUGCUCCCAACAUUUCAUGCCGGGAUUACAAAGGGACUGAGAUCAACUUCAAUGGAUCACAAAUUGGAUUUUACAAACAUAUUCCAUGUCGAAAUGUAAAUGGUUAUUCAUACAAAGUGGCAGUGGCCCUGUCUUUGUUCCUGGGAUGGCUGGGGGCUGACAGGUUCUAUUUAGGAUAUCCAGCUUUAGGCUUGUUGAAGUUCUGCACGGUCGGAUUUUGUGGGAUAGGAAGUCUCAUUGACUUCAUGCUGAUUUCCAUGCAGCCCCUACCUCUCCCACUUCAGAAGCCAGAGUCUGGUUGAGAGCAAACCCGCAAUGUUUUCCAAGGAUGGCAUCUAUUAAGCUGAGCUUUCCAAACUGUAUUGGCUCGUGGGCCUCCAUGAUGUUUAAAUCCCGACAGAGGAUCCCAAACCAAUGAAUCUAUAGAAACUUUCAAUGUUAUUAUGUUUUAUAAUCUUCUCCUUUUGUUGUACACUGGUACAUUAUUGUGGAUGUUACGGUAUCAAGAUGAAUCAUGAUAAGGAGUUAGCUGGCAAAUCAUAACACUGAUGGAACAUUUGCCAAAAGUCAGUGACUGAGUCAGUGUUUGAAAUGAUUAAUGAUGACCCAUAUAGACAAAAUGGUGCUGAAACUGUCUAGUGGCAAAGCAACUAAUUUAGUUUUAUCUGAAGACUAUGAUCUGUGAGGUCGUAAAUAGUCAACACAAGGCAGGGCAACUGAGGCCAAUCAUUAUUCAAUUUUUAUGCAAGAUGCAGAUGUGGUUAAUAAUACCUUUCAACCUUAUUUGGAUGUGUCAUAUUAACUGUCUGUAACCAUUUAGAUGAAUUAGAAAUAAAAAUGUGACUUGACUUGUCCUAAGUCUCACUCCAGGCUUUGCACACCUGAAUAAAACAACCACUGCGAUUAAAGAGACAAGGCCUGCAAUAUAGUUGUGCAGAGGGUUACAAGAGCCUGUAAGCUUUUACACCAACAAAGCAACAUUAGUUUGAGUCUAUCUCUUUCAGAUACAGAAAGUCAUCUCCCCUCCCUAUACAGUAAUUCUAACAGACCCAAGCAUGUUUGAACAAAUA